UUAUUUCCAAUUAGGCCCUCUUUAUCUUUUUUCGGUUUGCAAAGUAAGACUCGCUCACUUCCAAAAUAUCGCUCCGACCACAUUUCCGAUUAUUCGAUUUCUUUUUUUUUUUUUUUGUUUUUUGAUUCUCGCCGAUUUCUAAUUCAGUAAGUUCUUCUCCUUUCACGCUUCCACUAAUCUCUGAAAUUCUUUAACUUUAUUUAUUUAUUUUUUUAAAUUUUGCAAAGUCUCUGUAAUCAGCCAUCGAUAAUGACCCGCAAUAGUUUAACCAUAGUCCCAAAAAUAGUUACCUGAAUUUUCCCGAGAAAAUAGCUGUUGCGAAAUUCUUGUUCAUGAGAAAAUGUAGGAAACUGGAAGUAACUCUGUUUUUUUGACUCUCAGAUCUCUAACCACCACUCCACUGAGCUCGCCACCCACAUGGGUUUAUGGGUUUUUAUUUAUUUUCCUUUUUUUUUUUUUCGUUUCUAAUUUGGUAAUUUUUUCUUUGUUUAUUUGUUUCUUAAAUGUUCAAAACUUUGCAUAUGGUAUCAAAACUUAUUUAUCUGGAAUGUCGAAAUUAUGCAACUUUAUUUAUUAUUAUUAUUAUUUAUUUUCACCAUGGUUUUGUGAAAUGCAAAUUUGUAUGCUACUCUGUUCGUCUCCAGGUAUAGAUACUGAAAUUUGAGGUUUGGGGAAUUUCUGUAUCUGGGGUUUCUGGGAUUUUUGUUACUGAAAAUGUAAUGACAUUGAUACCAAGCAUUGUAUUGUUGGGUCAGAAUUUUCAGAUGUAUGAAAGCGUUGGUCAUGGAGUUAUUAAUUCGUUUUUUCUUUUCUUUUUGUAAUGAAGAAAAUUGUUCACCAAAAGAUGGAGUUUCUUUAGAAAACUUGUUUUUGACAGUGAACAAAUAGUCCUGUUGGAUGCAUAUUCUGCCUUUUUAUGGCUUGAAAUGAACUUCCUUUUUACUCUGUGAUUCAGGAAUGCUUUGCCUUGUGUUUGGAACUUGAGCAAUCAUAUCGUUUGCAGUUACUUCUAAACAAAUUUAACUUAGUUUAGAUAUUUUAAUCUUUUGAACUAGGAAACAUGAAAUUCUAGACAAUAAUAUGAAGAGAAUUAUUAUUAUUAUUAUUUUUGUCCAUGCUGGCCUUGGUAGGAUAUUUGCUUGAUUUCAAAUUUAGGAAUUGCAGAGUGGUUUUCAUUUUCAUAAUGAUAUUUUAUCUGACUAAUGUCAGUGCAAAAAUGUUGACAGUUCUUAUAAUAUAAUUCUGUAUGACAGUGGAUUUGGAGAAGGGGGAUGGGUUAAUAGACAGCCCUCUUGAAGUAGACAUAGGCUCUUCAGGAGGUCCAAUUAUUGAGCCAUAUGUUGGUAUGGAAUUUGAUUCUGAAGAUGAUGCUAGGAAAUUUUAUGUUGAGUAUGCCAGACGGUUAGGGUUUGUAGUGCGUAUUAUGCAACGUCGCCGUUCAGGUAUUGAUGGAAGAACGCUUGCCCGACGUCUUGGAUGUAAUAAACAAGGUUUCUCUCCUAACCAAAAAGGUCCAAUUGGACCAGAGAAAAAGCCUAGACCUAGUGCUCGAGAAGGUUGUAAUGCAACAAUUCUGGUGAAAAUGGAGAAAUCUGGAAAAUGGGUCGUAACAAGAUUUGUGAAGGAUCAUAAUCAUCCUCUGGUUGUUACUGCCAAUGGCUUUAGUACAGCGGGUGAUAAGGAUAAGAAAAUUCAAGAGCUUACCAUGGAGUUGGAGCAUCAGGAGCGACUAUGUUCAACUUACAGAGAAAAAUUACUAAGUUUUAUGAAAAAUGUUGAGGAACAAACAGAGGAACUCUCUGCGAAGAUACAACUUAUUGUUGAAAAUGUGAGAAAAGUAGAAUCCGAAACUCAAAAACAUUCCAAGCGUAGAUAGCCUUUACAAUUAUUAACAGAUUUGUUUAUUAUCUGUACCUGUAGAAUUAUUAAAUUCCAUCUCCUGGAAAACGUUUUUAUUAUGUACAGUACUUGUUAGAAACAGCUUCACUUCAAAAAAAUAAAAAAAAUAGAGAACAUAACCAAAUUAUUGUGCCUUCCCAAUAUUUCCUGAUCAAUUCUAUAUUCUAUCAUGGCAACAAUAUUACAAAGUACAAAUUACACUAACUUUGUAAUCAUUUUAUUUAAUAAAAUGAAAUUAAUGAAAUGAAAUAACGAACACGAAUAUAAACCACUGAAAAUGACGUCCAUUCAUGCCGUGCGUUGUUAUAGUACAUGAAAGAGUAGUGUGAACACUUUACAUCCCUAUAAACACAAAUUCAAGACGGGAUAGCUGGUGGCAAAGUUACAGUUCUUUUGUACAUUCAUAUCUCUCACCAUGACAUCAAAAUAAAAUAAAUAAAUAAAUAAUUAAUUAAAAAAAAAAAAAAAAAA